AGGUCUGACAUUGACCUGCACUAGUGGCUACCAGUGAUCAGCAGUUUCAAGAUGGAUGAGAACCUAUUGAACGAUGUUUUGGAGUGUUCUGUGUGUUUGGUGGAGAUGGAUGGGACAAGCAAAGUGUUGCCAUGCCAGCAUACCUUUUGUAGAAGGUGUUUGGAGGAUAUUGUUGCAGCCCACAAGGAACUCCGUUGCCCAGAAUGUCGUGCUAUUGUCAACUGCAAGGUGGAAGAUCUUCCUCCAAACAUCCUACUUGCACGUCUUUUGGAGAGCAUGAAAGCUGCAAGAUUGAGCAAGAGGAACAAUGAUCUUACAUUAAUGAAGAAGGAGCAAGGGUCAAGCAUUCAAGUUGAGAAGGCUGAGGAUAUUCGAUCAAUUGAAUGGAACAUGAAACGAGAUAGAAUCCUUGCAAGUUUCUCUGCGAAACCUGGACUUACAAUUGGUAUGAACUCUCCUGUUGGUGCACAACCCAUGGAGGAGUUCACUGUUGGACUUGGAAGUGGUACUUCACUUGGAGAGACAGAGACUUCACCUGUUCUUGCAUGUUCCAUGCCACAGCUUGUGAUUCAUCCAUGUGCAAGAGCAAUUGACACAUAUGAAGCAAAUAACCCAUGUGAUCUGAGCUUCAAGAAGGGAGAUAUGAUCACCUUGAAUUGUAAAGUUGAUGCAAUCUGGUACCACGGAAGUUUGGGGAAAAAGCAGGGAUAUUUUCCAGCCACUCAUGUUCAUAUAGUUGUACCUCUACCUCAUAUUGCUUGCACUGCCCUCUAUGAUUUCCAACAAAUUGGAGAUGGAGAUUGUCUUGCUUUCAAGCAAGGUGAUCAAAUUCAAAUUCUUCGAAGAGUGGAUGAAAACUGGGCUGAAGGAAGGAUGGGAAAUCAGACUGGUAUAUUUCCCUUCAUCUUUGUUUCUUUGAACAAAGAGGCCAAGAGAUUCAUGGAGUUCUCUCAAGAGUUUCACAGUGGUCCAUCACGAAGUGUGCCCCCUCUACCUCAGAAAUCAAGCACAAAUCCAUUUAGUGAUGCUUUUGAAUCAAAUCUUCCUGCUUCUUCUAUGAGUCUUGGGACUGUGACCACCACCUCCACUUCCUCAUCAUCAUCAUUACCUUCAUCUCCAUCUACUUCAAACACUGCUGCACUCAGUCCCUUGCCACCACCUCCCUUCUUCAGGCGAUCCAGUCGCCAGGACUCUCAACCAUUUACUACUUGCAUUCAGGAAAAUCAAGAUGAACUUCCACCAAAGAAAAGUGAUUGGAGGAAGAACUCAUUGGCUGAGCUAUUGGGAGUUCAAGACCUUUUGUUGGGAUUGGAAGUUUCUGGUGAUGCUUCAUCCCCAAUAGACGCACAAGGUUCACCAUCAAACUUGCAGGAGACAAAGGAGCAUCAACAAUCUCAGCAGGACUUGGAGGGACAGAGGGUUCCCUUGCCUGUUCCAGCCAAAAAAACCCCUCCACCUCGACCUCCAAAUAGACCAAAACUUCCUCCUCCUACACAGAGGUCUCCCCAGUAUGUUGCAUUAUUUGCAUACAAACCCAACAAGUCUGAUGAGUUAGAACUAGUGAAAGGAGAAAUGUAUCAAGUGACUGAGAAGUGUCAAGAUGGAUGGUAUCGUGGCAUGGCCUCUGGCUCUACAAAAUCCGGUGUUUUCCCUGGGAACUAUGUUCAGCCCCUGUCGUGUCCUUCGGCAUACAACUGUAUAUUAUUACAGCCCUGGUGCUCUCCAGCCAUGAACCAGCCCUACCCUCGUACUAAGGAGCAAGUUCGCCUGCUUCUUCUUUAUGACUUCCGAAUCAAGAAGAAGGCAGCCAAUUCCAUCGCUGACAUCAAUACCGCGUUUGGCCCGGACACUGUGUCCAAGAGCACUGCCUAUGAUUGGUACAGUCGCUUCCAGAAAGGAAAUGAAAGCCUGGAAGACCAGCCAUGCACCGGUCGUCCUUCGGAGUUUGAUAACUCUGCCUUGCAGGAGGCACUGGAGGCCAACAACCGGCAAACAUCGCGAGAGCUUGCGGACUUGCUGGGUGUCUCCCAUACAACUAUCCUUCAUCAUCUGGCUGAGCUUGGCAAGAAGGCAAAGUUGGGGCAAAGAAGUCCAGAGCAUCUGCCAUUGAGGACAGAAGUGGGGGGAGUUGGUGAAGCUGGAGCAGCUGCUGCUCCAAAGUCUCAGAACCAAUCUGCAUCUGGAGCCUUAAGUCACUCUGCUUCUGCACCUUCACUUCCUGCACCACCCACAAUAGGAUCCCUUCGAGCAAGACCUCAUGGUACCAAUUCUCCAUCCCGCCGUGGCAAAAGUGAAACCUUAAUGAAGUCUCUCCUGAAUCCUAAUCCUCAGUUCACCCCACCCAACAUCACCCUUCCAUCAUCCAUGGCUGCCAAGGCUCCCAACAAGAAGAAUUCAGCAGUAGGUAUUGUGAAAAAGGGUAGCGGGAAGUGGGACUUCAAGCUUCGCCCAGCACGAAAGAUUACCCGUCCCACUAAAUCCUUCCUCCUGGUGGAAGAGAAUCCUGGCUUUGAUGAUGACUUUUCUCUUUCAUCUUUUGGUUCACCAGUGCAUGUCAGAUCAGGGUCAUGCCCCAGUCAACUGGAGGACCAAGACAAAAAUGCAACUUCUGCUCAUGCUUUGCCUGUGGCCUCUGGCUCACACUGCAAGGAGAGAACCAAUUUGAUCUUUGCUAACCUAGGGGUAGCACUACCUCCCAGGACUGACCCAGAUGGGACAAGGAAUGAGAAAAUUCAGACUCCAAAACAUCAAGACCAGACCACAGGAUCUGGAAGCGAAGAUGGAAAUGAGAAGAAACCCAAACAGCCUACACCUCUUGUUCGGGAGAGGUUCCGAUGUGUGGUUCCAUAUCCAGCUAGCAGCAAGUAUGAGCUGGACUUGAAGCUUGGUGAUACAGUGUAUGUUCAUAAGAAGCAAGAAGAUGGGUGGUACAAGGGCACCCUCCAGCGCACAGGGAAAGUUGGCCUCUUCCCAGCUAAUUUUGUGGAACCUUGCUCAUGAUACAGUGUUUCUUAGUUGUCCAUAUCUUGUGGGAUGACAUCACAGGCGAUUCUAUGAUCACAUCACAUUCCAGUCCCAUCAGUCAAUUUUCUUCAUCUGGAACCGUGUGCCAGUGACUUACAAGUUAUCAUUUGAAUAUUUCUCCAUGUGCAUAUGCAAGUUUGGUCCUUCUGCACCUAUGCUAUGAGGCUUGGGUGCAUUAUUUAUUCAGAAAAUCAUGGAUCAUAUUUCUCAUAAGCAUAAUUUUUGUCUAAUGCUUCUGUUUUUUUUUUUGCAUCUACUCUCUCAAAGAUUACAUGUAUAGGGACUUAUUUAUUUGGAGAAUCAUAGGCAUGCUUCUCUUGGGCCUAACUUAUCAACUGUGUGUGGAUUUUCCUUUGUCCACUUUUUUUAAUUGCAUGUGAAAAUUCAGCUGAAUUUGAGUCAGAUAGCUAUCUUUUUCAAAUCUGGCUCCAAUACAGUUGACGUUGUUAAUCCUUGCUUCCCAUGGAAUACUGACUCUGCCAUUUUCCCAUAGUGAUACAUCUGUAAGGAAGAGAAAUGAAUUUUUGUGCAUUUUAACUGCUAAGCCUAUGUAUGUGCAUUCAUUCACAUGCAUGUGUGCUUGUGAUAGUCCUCUAUGUGAUACUGGAGGCAGAUGGAGACAAUCUCUUCUGUACAUGCUGUCUGUUGUAACCUUUUUUCAUAUGUGAUCUGAACCAUGCACAUUUAUUGUUGUCUAGCUCACUCCUGACCCCCCUGUCUCUUGCUGUGUCUGUCUUUUGUCCUCACUGUACACCUUGUGUAUUUACAUACUGGUGGCAUCUUCUCAUUUAUAAUUCACAUUUGCAUGUUGCUGAGUCUUAUGCAGCAUAGUUCAGUAGCAACGGCAAUCAUAUAGGGCUGAUAAAAAAAGGAAUUCACUCUGUAUUUUAUUUCUUGCAAGUACUUAAGGAAAGUUCAUUAUACAUCUGUUUUUCAUGGUGAUGGGUGCUGCCUGAUGGACUUAUUGUUCAGUUCUUGAAAUCUUUAAUUGUGAUUGUGUUCAUGUCAUAUUUACCUGUUUUCUAUUCUUUCUCACAAAAAUGCAUGGCACAAUAGUUCACUUUUUAAUCUUGCCAGGCCUUGUGCAAAUUUGAGGCUGCCAAGUCUUAGAAUACUCCAUUGAGUCAUUUUCUCAAACAUGCUCCUAUGAGAGUGAUGAAGAAUGCUUCCAAUUCAUGUGAAAAGUGAGUUUUGUGAUGUUUUGGCUUAUCAAAUGUCAGAAGAAGAAGCAGCAGCAUACGUGCCAUUGCUUCCCCAAGUGCCUUCAAUUUUCUGCUUCUCGUGUCAUAUUUGUAUGUGUCCAGAAUAAUAGUCUC